GCGAGGUAUCGCUGCAAAGAAGUAUUCCUGCGCUGACAGAGAAAAGCAUUGGAAUCAUUCUGUGUGAUGGUGAUGACAGAGAACCAAAGGAUACAGGAUAUAUUUGCGAAGAAAACUGAUUGCACAGCGUUCAAAGUGUCCAACAUCAAUAAUAUACGGAUGAAAUCUUGUUGUUUGAAGGUGGACAAUGGGAUGUAGCCGGUGAGAUGGAAUAUCAUGAGAGACCUGCUUCUUUUCGCCAAGCCCGCCUCAACCCCUUUGAUCGGGGGGAGGAGGAGGGCAGCCCCCCAGGGGGUAAAACCCCCUCUCGAGAUGCAAAGGCAUGGAGAAUGGAUGAGCCGGCAACCUGAUGACACUGCAGCAGUCUCUUAUGGAAGAUGGAGUAGUGCAGUAGCCUGGUGGGAAGUCAGUUCAUGUUGUCUGUGCAGCCAGUCUGCAUCUGCAAGUUUAGUGCUGCAACCGGUACCAGAGCAAGCUUUGUCUGCAGAACUAUAGUCUGCAAGAGAUGGAACAAUCUAUACAUUUUCAAAUGAUGUGACUGACUGUACAGCUAAACAACAGUAUAGACUGAAAGAGGAAGAAGGCUGCUGUCCUUUCCAUAUCUCUGUUGCUUAAUAUCUGAUUUAGUACCACUCUUGCAACAGCGCCCUAACCAUUAUGAGCUCAUCAACAACAUCAACUGGCCCUGGAUCUGUAGUUAUGGGCCAAAAGUAAUGAGAGGAACUGAGACAGGAGCAUUAGGUGGUACUGUGGUUCAGAACGAUUCCUGUAAUCAUAUGCCUACACUUAGCUCAGUUCACUAGAACACUGUCUAGGCUUCAGCUGCAUCUGUCUGCCUCUCCAGCACUUUCUGGCAGCCAGCGACUCAGGAUAUCUUGUCUCUCGCUACCAUGAUGUCAUCUGAGGUGUAUGCAGGUACAAACAAUAUGCAGGCCUAGAGAGUGAGAUUAGCUAUGGGUUUACUUGAUACGGGCUACCUUGAGACUACUACCUGCUGAAUGUUGUUUGUAAUUAUAUGUUCUGGCUCUAGGUCUAUCUGUUGAACUAGCCAGUUGUUAGACAUCCAAAAUGCUUAUUGCCGAGGGUCCAGGCUAAAUGCUGAUGUAAUAGCACAUGUCAUGUAGCAUCUCUGUAUUUUCAUAAUAUAUGUAUUUUUUUUUAUGAUGAUAGGAGGGGAAUCUUGUCCCUCGUGAUCUUUAGGCCUAAUUGAUCAAUUUCUUACUGUGUUGAGGCGUCUGUUACAGCCAAAAAUAAAAGCUUUGGGAAGCAGCUUUUUAUCAGGAAGUGGUCUUUGGAGAUGUAGAAGCUUAGAGUUUCAAAGAGGCUAGCCCUCAGCCAAUGUCUGGUACCCUGGCACAAAACCACACAAAAUGGCUUAAAGCCUCUCUCUGGUUCCUCUAAGGCUUUAAAUAUUUGAUCAGUUUACAUGCCCCCCAAGCCUACUAGCCCUCCCUUUGAUUUAAAGACUGGAGAGCUGAACUGUGUAUGCUCUGGUGCUGAAGUUGGGAGCCGAGCUAAACCAAGAAGAACUUUCUUCAUCAGAUUGUCAGAUUGCUUUGAUCUGUGUGAUUAGUCUGAUAAUACAGAAACCCACAUUUGAGUUGGUGUCAGAGAAUAAAGCUCCUAUCUGCCAUGACUUGCCUUUGUACUAUAAUUCUAAAUUCUUUGUUGUCAAACCCUUUAAUGAAGUAGCAUAAACGUGCCCCAAAUAAUUUUACGAAGAAGAAUAAGAUUAUUGCAAAUCAGGGACAAUAGCCUUUGUUAAAUCCAAUAGGUGAGGUGUAAAUUGUGGGAGCGUAAGCUGAUGUCUGGCCCACAUCUGUACAGUGGGAAUCAUAUCUGCCUGUUAAUCUUGAGGCUGUAUAGGCUUAAGUCUGUUACCUAGCGACCUUUAGCAGUUCAAAGGCAGUUUCCCUUUGGUUUUAAACAGAGCACAUAUUUGUAUAAAAAGAGUAUCUUGUGACUGCUUUAUCCACUCAGAGGGUGAAACUCCUUUUAGACAAAUGUGUGUUCUGUAAAAGGUUGUGUGUGUGUAGUCAUGUGUGAGGUUUAAGUGGGCGUGCGUGAGCUUUACUGUGUGUGUGUGUGUGUGUGUGUGUGUGUGUGUGAGAGAGAGAACAAUUGUUACAGUACUUCUUGUCUGUCUUUCCUCAGAGCUGAGACCUGAGCUCUUCUCCUCUAAGAGCAGAAACCAGAGUUUGGACCGAGCCAUGGACCUGGGACUGGCAGAGGACCACUUCUCUCGACCUGUCGGCUCGUUUGUAGCGUCGGACAUUGAGCAGCUGAAGAUGGCCAUAGAGGAGUGUAAGAGAUUAAUCCUGGAGCUGCCUGAGCAUUCAGAGAGACAGAAGGACACUGUGGUCAAACUCAUUCACCUACGCCUCAAACUACAGGAGCUCAAUGACCCUGAAGAGGAUGAGCCAAACCUGAGGGUACUAUUGGAACAUCGUUUCUCCAAGGAGAAGAGCAAGAGUGUGAAACAGACGUGUGAUAAGUGCAGCACUAUCAUCUGGGGCCUCAUCCAGACUUGGUACACCUGCACAGGAUGUUACUACCGUUGCCAUAGCAAGUGCUUGAACCUCAUCAACAAGCCCUGUGUGAGGUCAAAGGUCAGCCACCAGUCAGAGUACGAGCUAAGCAUCUGCCCAGAGAUCGGGCUGGACCGGCAGGACUACCGUUGUGCCGAGUGCCGCACGCCUGUGUCACUAAGGGGCGUGCCCAGCGAGGCCAGGCAGUGUGACUACACGGGCCAGUACUACUGCAGCACCUGCCACUGGAAUGACACCGCUGUCAUCCCUGCACGCGUCAUCCACAACUGGGAGUUUGAGCCACGCAAGGUAUGUCGUUCCUCCAUGCGUUACCUGGCCCUGAUGAUACCCCGGCCUGUACUGAAACUGAGGGAGGUCAACCCACUGCUCUUCAACUUUGUGGAGGAACUAGUGGAGAUCAGGAAGCUCCGUCAGGACAUCCUACUGAUGAAGCCCUACUUCAUCACCUGUAAGGAGGCCAUGGAGGCACGGCUGCUACUGCAGCUCCAUGAUCGCCAGCACUUUGUGGAGAACAAUGACAUGUACUCACUGCAGGAUUUGAUAGACAUCUCCAGUGGCAGACUCAGCUGCUCUCUCACAGAGAUCCACACUACCUUUGCCAAGCACAUCAAACUGGACUGUGACCGGUGCCAAGCCAAAGGCUUUGUUUGUGAGCUGUGUAAGGAGGGAGACAUCCUGUUCCCGUUUGACAGCCACACCUCAAUGUGCCACGACUGCUCUGCUGUCUUCCACAGGGACUGUUUCUAUGACAAUUCCACAACUUGCCCGAAAUGUGCCCGGAUGACCGAACGCAAGCACGACGAUCCGCCGGAUCCGAAAGACAAGUAGCCCUGUCGAUCUAAGCCUGUCACUGUGACUGACAACCUGUGGGAGUGGCCAUGGCACUUUUUCUUAUGUUGCGGACCAUCAAGACAUUUUUAUGACACAAACAGGACUAGCUUUCCCUCUUGCUCUCUCUCUGUUUUUGUGGGGAUGUUUUCAAGUUACUUUGUUCCAGUUCAGUUGACUACGGAAGAUGGUAGCAGGAUACUAGAGUUUUAUAUGAUCCGGUAAUGAAGUGUGAUACUCUGAGACUGGCUGCACUGUAUAGCCCACAGUAACGCAUCCCUGAGCACUUAACCAAUGUUGUACAGUUUGUGUGUUACUGUGAGAGAGUACUGUAUGGGCAUCAUGUUGCAGGCAUGAAUUGCAAUGUGGGUCACAUAAUUGUCUUUACCUCUUAACAAUCAAAUAUCUUUAACUACCUUGAAGUAGGUGUUAAAUUCCAAAUUAAUCUGAACAAAUCAAUUUAACAAAACUACCAUUCACCUCCAGGCCUUAACUGACAUCGAUAACGAGACAGGUAUUUUAAUGAGGUUAGGUCGUAGCUCUUCAAGACUUCCUCCCUAUGGGCAUGAGGUAUUUCACCCCACUGUUGUGAAUCAAUGCGUUACAUGAUGGACAAUGACACUAAAAUGUUUUUUUUUAUUGUUUAUUUGAACACCACAGAUUAUCUGCCUGAAACACUUAAGAGAACAUGUGGUUUGUAUGUUAUGUCUUAGGGAACUUUAAUGUAGUACCUUUUUUACAGUAGAAUUAUUGGGCAGCCAUGUAAACAAUGCCAAGAGAGUAAAGUGAAGGAGAGCUCAUUAUGAUGUGCUGAUUAACUAUAUCUUAAGUUGACACACUUGUGCAGACAUAUUUGGAAUUCCAAUUGAACACUGUGUGCAUUUACCCAUUGAUCAAGUGAUCUAUUUACAGUAUUAUUGUGAGGGGUUUUGCAGCCCGCAUCAAGGUAUGGCACAUUCUUUUCAGAGAUGAGAAAGCUGACGAAUGAUACUUCUGGGGACAUGAGCAUGAUGAUGUUGACAAAUUAUUUGUUUUAAAAUAAUGAGUAUUUGGCUGUGUUAUGUUUUUCUCUACAUAAUGAUCUUCAUAACAUGCAAGUGUAAUGUUCCAUGUGUUAGUGAAAAUCCAGAUAUUAACAUGAAUUGUAAGAUCAUGUGAAGUUGAGCAUGAAUAAUGUAUUAAUAAAUUAUAUGUUGUGAGGAG